GAUUGAGAAGGACUGAACUUUAGGUACUGAGGUUUUGUGUCUUUUUAAACUGACCUUAGCCCGUGAAGGUAGGCAAGGGAAGGUAUUUGUCCUGAGGGUCACUAACCCCUGCCGUGUGAGAAUACCCCUCUCAGCUGCUCUCCACUCCCUGUCUCCUCGAUGACAGCCCGCCACCCCUGAAGGGUCCCGCCACUCCCCGCACGGCCGGGGCGCUUCUCCUUUCCUGCCCCCUCCGCCGGCGGUACUCAGUGGGGAAAGCGGCUCAAAUACGCGCCCCCUCACGCCACAGCUGAGCCCCGCAGCCGCUCCAGCCUCCUGCCGCUCACCCGGCUCCGCCGCGCUCCGCCCGCCGCUGCCGCAGUGGGCCGGGCCCGCGCCGCCGCCGGCGGGGCGCUGGGCGGGGGGGCUGGCGGGCCCGCAGCGCCGGCCGGGCCAUGUCGGCGCUGGAGUGGUUCGCGCACAAGCCCCUGGGCGACGGCAUCUUUUGGAUCCAGGAGCGCUUCUACGAGUCAGGCAACCGGGCCAACAUCUGGCUGGUGCGGGGCUCGCAGCGAGACGUGGUGAUCGACGCGGGGCUGGGGCUGCGCAGCCUGCCCGACUACCUGCGCGACGCCGGGCUGCUGGCGCCGGCCGACGGCGCCGGGCCGCGGCCGCUGCUGGCCGUGGCCACCCACGUCCACUUCGACCACUCGGGCGGGCUGCAUCACUUCGAGGAGGUGGCGGUGCACAGCGCCGAGGCGGCGGCGCUGCUCCAAGGCGACAACUACGAGGCCGUGACGUGGCUGUCGGACCGGGAGGUGGCGCGGCCGCCGCGGCCCGGCUGGAGCGCACGGCAGUUCCGCGUCCCGCCCGUGCGGCCCAGCCGCCUGCUGCAGGAGGGGGAUGUGAUCAACCUCGGAGAUCGACAGCUCACUGUCAUGCACAUGCCUGGCCAUUCACGAGGCAGUAUUUGCUUACAUGACAAGGACAGGAAGAUUUUGUUCAGUGGAGAUGUGGUAUAUGAUGGAUCUAUGAUCGACUGGCUUCCCUACAGCAGAAUCAGUGACUACGUUGCAAGCUGCCAGCGCCUGAUGGAGUUAGUCGACAGAGGUCUCGUGGAGAAGGUACUGCCUGGGCACUUUAAUAUGUUUGGAGCCGAAAGGCUGUAUCGAUUAGCUUCCAACUACAUUUCCCAGGCUGGAAUUUGUCACAAGAUUUCUACCUGUGCUAUGAGAUCUAUUGCAAGCAUAGCACUUCGUGUUGCAAAUUCAAGAAUCACUUCUCAGUGACAGUCAAUUUUGUGUGAUCUGUCACCUGCUGUAAAACCAAAUGGGUUGCGAAAGCAUCAAUAAUAAGCAGAAGUAUUAAUAAGCAGUUUGUGUUAGCAAAAAGAUGGCAAAUUGAUACAGGUGAGCUUCAAAAAUUCUCCCUGUUUUUUCCUUCUUUAUUCAUAUUUUUAUAAAAACUCUGUAAACUAUAGUUUUUCUUUCUACUUUUUCAGAGUGUGUUUGUACAUGUAUUGCAAUUGAAACAUAUUGCUUUAUUUUUGCUACAACUCUGGCAGAUGGAUAUAUACUAAAAUGCGAGGUUUUACAUUCAUGCCUGAGACCUUGUUGAUGUAGUACUAGACUUGUGAUUAUUCAUCACCGCCUGUUCAGGUUUUGACCUAACAGAGCUCUUGCUAAGACCUAGUGUGUGCUAGGAGCAGUGCCAUUAGGUCACAGCAGGAGCAAAAUCUAUGCAGGACUCAGUGGGUAGAAAGAGAUAAUUCUGUAGCCGUGGCCACCUGUGGGCGUGGUAUCUGCUGCACCUCUCACCGCCUGAAGCUUUAUCUUUGCGAAGUACUUGUCUGGCAGUUUCUUUAGAAUACACUAACACGUGGAAGUUCUAUAGACCAAACUUUCAAACUGGAAGUCACAGAUACAUCAGUUUACCACAAAAGCUUAGGGUGCAGAUGGACUGUUGAGGCUUUUGUGUUUCCUGGUGUGGUGCCAAGAAACACUGCACCAGGAGAGAAGGAAGAAGCAGGAGAGCACUCUCACCAUUAGCUAGGGGACUGUUUUGCUUGUAGGCAUGUGAGCUAGGAAUUAGAAAAUACGUGAAUUAAUGAAUUAAUGUGUUACACUACCCUGUACAAAGUGGUUGAGCUUUUGCUGGAUGUGUUUAUUUUUUUCUGAUCAGCUCAUAAAUUAUUUAUUAUUUAUUAUAGUAUUUAGAGAGUACGUUGUUCUGGAAAGUUGAGAGAACUGGACUGUGACGAGAUUAAGGCGUUUGUUUAUGUUUUUGGUAUUUUACAUGACUGUGUUGUGACUUGGUUGUUAAUCGUCUGUGUUAUGGAUGGGAUUGAGGCUUUAACAUGACCUUGCCAUAGUGAAGGUGCUGCAUUAAGUACCCAGUACACUUUUUCUCACAAAGUGAAUGUAACUCAGAUUGUUUACUGUUUGCAUCUGAAGUAUGUGCUGCACAUAGUUGUUCUGAAAUGUAAAGUGUGUUGCGCUGAGUUUGUUCCAAAAAAAAAGUUGAAUACAUUGAGAAAUGCUAAAUAGCAUUGUAACUUGCUUAUGAAAAUUGAAUGUGUGGUAUUUAAAAGCUGCUGAAAUGGUUAGAGUUUGUGUAAUUGUUCUAACAGUUUGUAUAUAUUUAACUUUUUUAAAAGGACACUGUCUGAAUUUAUUUUUGUACAUAGACAUAUAUGUUCUUAAAAAGACUGCAAUUGUUUCUCUUGAAUUUUGAAUUUCUUGUUUGGCUUUCACUUUAUGCAGACAGUUUUGCUCCCAUCAUAGCCAACAGUAAGGGAGCCAAAGGUUUGGGCUCUGUCUAAGGCAUGAGGGAGAGGAAGCUGAUAGCCCUCUGAACAGAUGCAAAUUCUUGUGAAAAAAACCCCAACCUAUUGCAAAAUUAAAAAAGCAUCUGUCUAAAAAUGAUGAAAGCGAAUAUCUUAUGUAAGGCUUUUUCCCUUUCAUAGAUGACUGCACUCACCUUUACUGUGAUUAUAUUCUUUACCAGGAUUUGUAAUGAUUGGUUGUUGCCUAGUUCUUCUUAGAAGUGCCUAUUUCCAAGCAGAAGCAAAGUUGUGAUAGGGCGGGACAAGUGCAGAGAUGCAGCACUUAAAAGACCUGUUAACACUCAGAUCACAGUCUCUUUUUGUUUGAGAAAUCCAUGUACAUCACUGUAUGACAUGAGGAGUAUUUACUGGGUAGACUUAUGUCAUAAAACCAAGAGGCAUUUAUCUUCUCCUCAGUUGGCAGAGGAAGAAGAACAGCCUGGGAAGGAGGCUGAAGGUAUACAUAUCACUAAAGCUUAUCCAGAGGAUGCCAUGGUGUCACAGGUUACCUGACAGUAAUUGAAUUCCUGCAAAUUAGUUGACAGUGCUGUAACACCAGUAAUAAUCAUUGUUUUUAAACAAUGCGUUGGUGAAGAGUGUUGGAGUCCUGGUGGAAGCCCUGUGCACUAAGGCAGUCACCAAGAACUCCUGUUACAAUGCCUGCCAAUAUGAAUGUCAAGUUGCUAAAGUUUUGCAAAUGUUCACUAGAAGACCACUUUGAAUUGCAUUCUGUGUUCUAGCACUAUCAGUUUGCGUAUUUGAUCCAGUAUGAGAAUCUCUGUAGCCAGAUUUUACUGUAUUGUAAAGCCUGAGCUCCUAAGAGGAGACUCACAGGCACAUCAGUUCAAAAGGAAAGAUAACCUCCAUCAUUUGUGUUUAAACCUGUGCACAGUAUCUGUAUCAGCUAAGAUCCUUAAAUGGCCAGAUCACUGUCAAAAUGCCCUAUUAAGCUAUGCUUACGUCCACUAAGUACGUAACCAAAACUUUGACUUUUUUACUUUAUCAAAAUCUAGGGGAUAAUUUCCUAGCUCAGAAGUGAACUUUACAUGCGCAUAAUCCAAAGUGGAGUUUGUUAGUAAACUGCUGCUAUAAUCCAAAUGAAAGUAGUUUUUUGAGGGUCAUGAAAUUAUUUUUUAUAUUAUAAGAAAUUCACUACUAGAUAAACAAUAUUUAAAUGAUCUUAAGUUAAAAGAACGGUUUCUGAUUAUUUUUGUUAAGACUUACCAUAUUUUAGUCAUAACUAUAGUUUGACAGCGGUCCUUUUAACACUACUUGGAUUAAAUAUUUAUAACAUGCAUUGUAAGUUUAAAUUUACUGCAUCAUGUUAGGCAUUUAGAACUGUGUUGAUUUCUUAGUAACAUCUAAAUAUAUAUUAAUGCAGUUUUCAGUAGACUGGGGAAUUGACAUAAAAAUCAAAUGGGAAGUUUUGUUCUGUAAUCUGUCAAAGCUGUUAUGAUGUUAAACAACAGUUUGCACAUAAUUAUUUUUUUGUGUAUUAUUAUAAUAAAAUAUUAUAAUCUUA